UCUCCAUAGCUAGAACCAAUCAAAUGGAGUCUGUUGGAAAUAAUCGCGAUUAACCGCACUAGCGCCACUGGAAGACCGCAGUAAUUCAGUAAUCCAAGUUAAUUCCUGACAAGCAACUUCCCCAAGAGAAACGUCAACAUUUUUGAUUAGAAAGGGUUUCUCUCUCCCAAUUGACCGCCACCCCGACCCGAUCCUAAUUAUACCCCCCUCCGACAACCCUUUAAUCCCGUCGAGACGAUACGAUGCUCCGACAAUCCAUAGCUCGUUCGGCUUGGCGGACGGGUAGACAUGCUGCCAAAUCCUCGAGAGCUUUUUCUGCGACGUCAAGGCGGCCGGCAGAGGUGGAGCUAACAAUUGAUGGAAAGAAGGUAUCAAUAGAAGCCGGGUCAGCUUUAAUUCAGGCCUGCGAAAAGGCCGGUGCCACAGUCCCUAGAUAUUGUUACCAUGAAAAAUUAAUGAUUGCCGGAAAUUGUCGUAUGUGUUUAGUCGAAGUCGAACGUGCGCCGAAACCCGUUGCCUCCUGCGCGUGGCCCGUACAACCCGGCAUGGUGGUAAAGACGAAUUCGCCCCUCACACAUAAAGCCCGCGAAGGAGUGAUGGAAUUCCUCCUAGCGAAUCACCCGUUAGAUUGCCCUAUCUGUGAUCAGGGUGGCGAGUGUGAUCUCCAAGACCAAUCUAUGCGAUACGGUGCCGACAGAGGCCGAUUCCACGAAAUCGGUGGCAAGCGAGCGGUAGAAGAUAAGAAUAUCGGACCUUUGAUCAAGACCUCGAUGAACCGAUGUAUCCACUGCACGAGAUGUGUCCGAUUCGCGAACGAUAUAGCCGGUGCCCCCGAGAUGGGUUCUUUCGGACGAGGAAACGAUAUCCAGAUCGGUACAUACUUAGAAAAGAAUUUAGACUCCGAAAUGUCAGGCAACGUCAUCGACCUUUGCCCCGUCGGAGCCCUCACAUCAAAACCAUAUGCCUUCCGAGCUCGUCCUUGGGAAUUAAAGAAGACCGAGUCAGUCGAUGUACUUGAUGGUUUAGGAUCUGCUAUUCGUGUUGAUUCGCGUGGUCUCGAAGUUAUGCGAGUUCUCCCCAGACUCAACGAUGAUAUCAACGAGGAAUGGAUUAAUGACAAGACCCGAUUUGCUUGCGACGGCUUAAAGACCCAACGUCUGACUAUGCCUUUGGUCCGACGGGAAGGCAAGUUUGAGCCGGCUUCUUGGGAGCAGGCUUUAACGGAGGUCGCGGCAGCAUACCAACAACUCGCCCCCGUGGGCAACGAGUUCAAGGCUAUUGCUGGUGAGCUGACCGAGGUUGAGUCGCUAGUCGCUAUGAAGGACCUAGCCAACAAACUCGGAUCCGAUAACCUAGCUAUCGACACACCCCAAGGAAGCCAACCCCUCGCUCACGGUAUCGACGUCCGAUCUAACUACCUCUUCAACUCCAAGAUCUUUGCUGUUGAAGAUGUCGACUGCCUACUCCUCGUCGGUACUAACCCGAGACAUGAAGCGGCCGGUUUGAACGCCCGUAUCCGAAAGCAAUGGUUAAGAUCAGACCUAGAGAUCGGUGUCGUUGGCGAGACCUUCGAGUCGACUUUCGAGUUCGAGCACCUCGGCACCGACUUUGCUGCCUUGAAGAAAGCCUUGUCCGGUCCUUUCGGCAAGCAGCUCCAAUCAGCCAAGAAGCCCAUGAUUGUGGUCGGCUCUGGUGUAACGGACCACCCUGACGCCAAGGCUUUCUAUGAGCUUAUUGGUUCCUUCGUCGAGAAGAACGCAGCAAACUUCUUGACUGAAGAGCACAACGGAUUCAACAUUCUACAAAGGGCCGCUUCCAGGGCGGGUGCUUUCGAAGUUGGCUUCACGACGCCUUCUCCCGCUGUCGCUGAGACUAAGCCCAAGUUUAUCUGGCUUCUCGGCGCCGAUGAAUUCGCCGAUGCCGAUAUCCCCAAGGACGCUUUCGUCGUCUACCAGGGCCACCACGGUGACCGUGGCGCACAGAUCGCCGAUAUUGUCCUACCCGGUGCUGCCUACACUGAGAAGGCCGGCACCUACGUCAACACGGAAGGCCGUGCACAGAUGACCCGUGCUGCUACAUCAUUACCUGGUGCUGCCCGAACAGACUGGAAGAUCAUCCGAGCGAUCAGCGAGUUCCUCGGAGCCCCUCUACCAUACGACGAUGUUGCGCAAUUAAGAGACAGAAUGGUUGAGAUCAGCCCGGCGCUUGCUUCAUACGACAUCGUCGAACCCACAUCAUUAAAGCAAUUGAGCAAGGUGCAAUUAGUAGACCAAAAUAAGGGCGCUAAGCCCACCAACGAACCCCUAAAGAAGGUUAUCCAAGAUUUCUAUUUCACAGACGUUAUUUCUAGAAGCUCGCCGACGAUGGCACGAUGCUCAGUCGCUAAAGCGACCGGCAACUCCGACAACAACCUUAUGGCUCCCGGUAUGACCGAAGACCGACCGAUGGGCCAGGUAGCUUACGGCUCAUGAGGAGAUGCGCGUUGUUGUUAAUUGUUAUACCAAGAAUAACGAGACCCAAAAAAUAGAACUUAAACCUCCAAAAGAGAAGGGACAGGCUUCGAGUCCAUCAUUAUUACAACUGCUGCUACUGCCAUCUGGGUUGGGAAUGAUCUGCGCAUCCGUUAUUAUAUCUUACAUCCAUCCGUCCCUUUUUCUUUGUCUCAAACCGGCGCAGAUAUGAUGGCAUCGUAAUGUACAUAUAGCACAGGUCCACGGAGUAGAAGAGAAGAAGAAAGUACAUAAAGCAUCCAAGAUCCCCAUCGCAUCGUUGUGUAAAUGUAGCUUACGUACUUGUCUUUCUAAGUACCCAAGUGGACAGGAUUGUUAUCAUGUUGAGGAUUUGAUAAGACGUCCGACGCCUGGCGUAGCCUUGAGAUGUUGAACAAUUAGAAAACUAGAGCUAUACAAUACACCAAGCGAGUGGUGUGUUACCUUCAUAUGGGCUUAGUAGCGAUAUCGAAAUACAGCAGUUGCCCCUACUAUUCCAUGGAGAAUUCUUACGGCGCAU